AUGGGCUGGCCCGGCCCUCUUCAAGUCACCGCACACCUUCUGCAGGGUGUCUCUCGCUUCUUUAGCAGCCAACCAUCCGAUCGCCCAGGUGCUCCUUUCUGUACCAUCCCCAAACUACGAACUCUAAUCCCGACUCUCGAGACGGAUAUCCGCGACCUCAACCGUCGAUUGCUCGAUACACAACUCAAUGGCAAUGAACAAGAGGCGAAGAAGUUGGCGAGUCAGUCGAAGAACAGAGCCUCCCAAAUGAAAGCAGCCCGGCAACGAUUGUCCCUGAAGGACGCUCGAUACAGAGACUGGAUCAAGCGGAAGAGUCGUAAGGAUGCCAGAGACCGACAAGCUCCGAAUGGCGCCGCUAAGAAGCAAGACUCGAGACAGGCUAGGAAGGCGGCCAAGAAGACUCGCGACCGACUCACCAUCCUUCACUCUCAGCGAUUACGAGUAUUGGCUGGACCGUCGUUGGCUCACAAGGAAGAACACGGCAUCCAAGCGGCCAAUCACAUCCUGGAAGCCCACCCCAUGGAUCCUGUAUCUCCCAGAAUCGCCGCUUACAGUGGCCCCCCUUCCAGCGACAGUUCCCCCAGCUUGCGAAAGCGAAAUGUGCAAGACAUGGACGAGGACUUGUGGGCACGAUACCAAUUGAGACACCAACGUCCAAGACGAUUCGGAACUCCCAUCUUUGGAAGUCUCCAGCGAUCUGCGACUUCUGCUGUAGGUGGCGCGCCCAGGAAGUUGGCUUCUGACCUCGCCAACCAAAAGAUGCUCAUCACUACACCCUCUCCUCCCCCUGGACCCCCAUUUGGCAGUGGCGCGUCACGAAGUGGUAGUGGUGAGCCAGCUGUGAAGGUUGAAGACCUAGAGGCGAGAUUCUAG